UCAUGUAUCAACCUACAGACAGAGAGAAAAUUGAGCUUUACAUUUCAGCUCGUAAGCUUGCUAAUAAGGAUGUCAUAUCAGAUAGUGAUCCAAAGUGCAAGAUAUUCUUAAAAGAUUUUAAAGGAGUUGAAAGAUAAAUAGGUUAAACAGAAGUUCUUAAAAACAACCUUAAUCCUGAUUGGAAAGUAUUGAAAUGCCAUAUUAGACAACUAUUCAAAUGGAUUUCAUCUUUGAAAUAAAAUAAGAAUUAAGAUUUGAGGUAUGGGACAAUGAUGAUGGAACUAUUGAUAAAGAUGAUUUAAUAGGUGUCUUAAAUGUAAUCUAUUAUAAUAUUAUUUAGACUACAGUUGGAGAGAUUAUGGGAUCAAAGAAUUAGGUAUAUACAGGAUAAUUGAAAUUAAAGAACAAAGCAAGUGGAACUUUAUUAGUAAAGGGUGAUAAAUUGAAAGAUGAUAAUAGAUACAUCUUUUGGUAAUGGGAAGGAAAAAAAAUAAAGAAUGUAGAUGGUUGGUUUGGAAAUUCAGAUCCAUUCUUGAGAUUUUAUAAAUAAUCUGAAAAUUAUUGGAUGUUUGUUCAUGAGACUGAAUUUUGUAAGAAUAAUGAAAAUCCACAUUGGAAACCCUUUGAAAUUUCAAUGAGUAAAUUAAAUGCUGGAAAUAUAUAAUAAUAAAUAAAAGUUGAAUGUUGGGAUAAUUAAACAGAUGGAAAACAUUAAUUUAUAGGUGAAACAAUAUUUACAAUUCAUUAAAUUGAAAAUGAACUCAAAAGAGAAUUCAUAUCUCUUUCUAAAAAAGGCGUAUUAUAUAUUAAUAAUUAUUAUAUAGAAUAAUCAUGGAAUCUUAUAAUUAAAAUAAUUUAAUGUAUUUACAAAACCAUCUUUCAUAGAUUAUAUUAAGGGAGGAGAAUAAAUUAAUUUAAUGAUAGCUAUAGAUUUUACUGGUUCUAAUGGAGAUCCCAAAUCUCCAAAUUCACUACAUUACAAUAAUCCAAAUUAAAUGAAUUAAUAUUAAUCUGCACUUUAUUAAGUUUCAGAAAUAUUAUUGAAUUAUGAUUUUGAUAAGAGAAUACCAAUGUAUGGAUUUGGAGGAGUUCCUCAUUUUCCUAAUUAUUAAAAAAAUGAAGCAGAUCACUGGUAUUUAUAUUCAUUAUAUUCUUAGUUUCCCAUUAACUGGUAAUUUCUAAUAAGCAGAAGUUUUUGGCCUUGAAGGAAUUAUGGCCUAGUAUAGUGGUGCUUUAUAACAUGUAUCAUUAUCAGGACCAACAUAUUUUGCUCCAGUUAUUUAAUAUGCUUGUUCUAUAGCUUAACAAAAUAUUAGCUAAAAUGUUUAUACUGUUUUAAUGAUAUUAACAGAUGGAGAGAUUCAUGAUAUGAAUUAAACAAUUCAAUUGAUAAUUGGUGCAGCUAAGAUUCCACUUUCAAUAAUAAUUAUUGGAGUUGGAGAUGAAAAAUUUUAAUAAAUGAGAACACUAGAUGGUGAUAGUGGUCCAUUGAAAGGUUCAUCUGCAAGAGAUUUAGUAUAAUUUGUGCCAUUUAGAGACUUUAGAUAAUAGGGAGAAUUAGCUAAAGAAGUUUUAGCAGAACUGCCAAAUCAAUUGGUUUCCUAUAAACAACUAUUAGGAUUGUAACCAUUAAAAAGUGUAGAUGUCCAUCUAAGUUAAAUGGGAUGAA